CGCCACGGCAGGCAGAUUGAAUGAAAUGUUGCGAGGUUGCACCGCACCCGCGGAGGCAAUCGACUAUCGUAAUCUUACUUGGUUUACUCCGAGACGACUUCUCGCUCGAAUUUUGUAGACAGAUACCAACCCAGCUGUUGCAGUGUCACCUUCGUCCACCAUCGACCAGAACUUCCGGUCACAUCUCUCGCCAUGUCACGGUAUCCUUUCCCAUUCGCACGGGCCGCAAAGCUGGAUUCAAGAAUCACAAUCCCUCGCCUGGUGUACGACCCGGAUCUUGUGCAACUACUUGAUGCCGCCGCCGUGCCUGAGGAAUUCGAUCUGGAUUUCAUGCGCGGAGGCUCAAGAGACGAUCAUCAAUCCCCUGGGGGCGAUUCGGAAAACGCGGCCUGUGACGCGAACACAAUCCUCAGGGACAUGCCGCAUCUGCUGCAUGAAGAGCAUUCAAUCCCUGGACCUGACAACAACACAGUCAUUCUUUCCGUUUUCUCACCAAAGCAAUCCGCAAUAGCACCACGGCCGGCUCUGUUUCAUAUGCAUGGAGGUGGCCUGGUCAGCGGAGACCGGUUCACCGGCCUGAUGCCAAUCAUGGACCUGCUUGACGGCGUUGACGCCGUCGUCGUGUCUGUCGAGUAUCGUCUUUCACCAGAAUCCCCCCAGCCAAGCGCGAGCGAAGAUUGUUACACCGGGCUCGUUUGGAUCUCUGAGAACGCCGCAGGCCUGGGAGUAGACCCGGCAAGGAUCGUGCUUUUUGGCGUGUCCGGAGGCGGGAUAGUGGCAACAGCGGUAUGUCUCAUGGCCAGGGACAGAAAAUCCCCCUCCGUCCCCAUCAAGGGUCUGAUGUUGUACGCACCUCAAGUCGACGAUCGGUGCGAAACCUUGUCGGAUCGACAAUAUGAAUACGGGAACCCGACCAAUACGAAAUGGGUCCGCGCGUGCUGGGAUCUCGUGCUUCCAGGUAUCCGCGGGACUGACCGAGUUACACCGUACCAAGCACCAGCUCGAGCCGAAGAUUAUUCCAAUCUACCACCGACCUACGUUGACGUUGGCGAGUGCGAGGUCCUCCGCGAUCAAGCAGUCCAAUUCGCCGCGAGCAUGUGGUGGUGUGGAUCCAGCUGCGAGCUCCAUGUCUGGCCGGGAGCUUUCCAUGUCUUCGAGAUGGUCGAUGGGUCCAACCACCUGCUCGUCCAGUCAGCCAAGGCAGCAAAAAUCAGUUGGUUCCGGAGAAUGAUGACGAGGUCUGAGCCUGUCUCCAAAGGGAUGUGAGUUUGAGUAUCGGGGAAGGUCGAUGACAAAUGAAACGGGUCUAUUCCAGCUACAUCUACAUGGCGACCUGCUGCCAACACGGAGCCAGGGAAUCAUCUCUGUUUCUUGGUCGUAGAUGACAGGUCCAAUACCUGAGCCCCGAAAAUCCUGAGGUCGAAUCCCAGUGACUAUCAAGCCUCAGCCUCGCUAUCCCUGUGUAUAUUCGACAAAUCAAAAUGCCACAGCUGCCACAGCAGAUGAGGCACUGCCUGCGCUCGCACAUUUGCUCGCGCCGCCCUCCUCUUUCUAGUUCUAGUUCCUCGUGUUAGUUAUUCCCGUCAAUGAGACUCCUGUUGUGAGACCCUGAUAGUCAC